AUGACUGUAUUUGAUGAUGUUCUUGAUGGGAGAUUCAGAGACAGACUGAAGCUGGACAAUCAAACCGGAUCUCUGACCAUCACAGACAUCACAACUGAACAUGCUGGAGAUUAUAAACUAAUGAUAACUGGAGGAAAACUGUCAUUAAAAGCAUUCAGAGUUUCUGUCUAUGCUCGUCUGCCGGUUCCUGUCAUCAGCAGUAACUCUUCAAACUGUUCAUCUUCAUCAUCACAGCAGAAUUGUUCACUGGUGUGUUCAGUGUUGAAUGUGGGUCAUGUGACUCUCUCCUGGUACAAAGGAAACAGUUUAUUGUCCAGCAUCAGUGUGUCUGAUCUCAGCAUCAGUCUCUCUCUACCUCUGGAGGUGGAAUAUCAGGAUAAAAACAGCUACAGCUGUGUGCUCAACAAUCCCAUCAGCAAGCAGACUCAACAUCUGGACAUCAGUCAACUCUGUCACACAUGUUCAGACUCUGUCCACUGCUGUGGUUCUACUGAAGCUGUGAUCCGAUUGGUCCUCUCUGCUCUGGUGGGCGUGGCUACUGUCGUUAUUCUAGUUUAUGACAUCAGAUCCAGAAGAGCUGAACAGGAUCGAGCACAGAUUCACACAUCAGGUGGCUCAUUUACACCCUAG